AAUAUACUCUGCUAGAAUUAACAAAAAUUUUUAGAAAUUGUCAUUUUCCGAUUUCAAGAUUUUGGAGACUGUUCUGUCCAGAUAAUCAUGGACACUUCAUAUAUUUCGUCAUUGUCUUGGUGCUCGUAAAAAUUGUGCAAGGUGGGGCAAGGUCACCUUGGCGAAUCCACAUCCCUGAACUGCCAGUCCAGUAGAAGAAUAGCAGUGUGCCAGCUGCAACGUAUUCAGCUGCGUUCGACAGUGUUGAAGAAUAGUAUAUAAGGAGAAUACUUAUUAAGAAAAUGGCAAUGUUAAAGGAUCAACUUUUAACUACUGUAACUGAAUCGGUGUCAACCGGUAGAAAUAAAAUCACAGUAGUCGGUGUCGGUCAAGUUGGAAUGGCCUGUGCUUUUAGCAUUUUGACAAACCAUGUUUCGAGCGAAGUGAUAUUAAUUGAUGUAAUGGUGGACAAAUUAAAAGGAGAAAUGUUAGACUUGCAACAUGGCAGUGCAUUUAUGAAGAAUGCAAAAAUAAGUGCCAGCACAGAUUAUGCCGUGUCUGCGAACUCGAGUCUCUGCAUUGUGACAGCGGGUGCACGUCAGCGCGAAGGUGAAACCAGAUUGAAUUUGGUUCAACGUAACACUGACAUUUUCAAGGGCAUUAUACCUCAGUUAGUCAAAUAUAGCCCAAACACAAUUCUCCUCAUUGUUUCCAAUCCGGUGGACAUUUUGACUUACGUAGCAUGGAAACUUUCCGGCUUGCCAAAGAACAGAGUUAUUGGCAGUGGUACAAAUUUAGAUUCUGCCCGCUUCCGCUUUUUGUUAUCGCAAAAACUUAAUGUCGCACCUACGUCUUGCCACGGCUGGAUUAUCGGAGAACAUGGUGAUACCAGUGUGCCUGUAUGGUCUGGAGUUAAUGUUGCCGGAGUACGUCUACGUGAUUUGAAUGAGUAUGUGGGUACCGACAAAGAUGAGGAACAUUGGAAUGAAUUACAUAAGCAAGUGAUACAAAGUGCGUAUGAAGUUAUCAAAUUAAAGGGCUAUACCUCAUGGGCAAUAGGUCUCAGUGUGUCGCAACUUGCAUCAGCUAUACUAAGAAAUUCCAAUCAAGUGCACGCUGUGUCUACGCUGGUUACUGAUCAUCAUGGAAUUAAGGAAGAAGUGUUUUUAUCCUUACCUUGUACAUUGGGUGAAGAUGGCGUCACGCACAUUGUUCAGCAGAAGCUAACAGAUGAUGAACUUGCAUCAUUACAUACAUCUUCAGCGAUGAUGCACAAGGUGCAAGAAGGCCUCAAAUUUUAAAAAUAUAUCCUUAUUUACUUUAUUUUUAUUUUUUAUCUUAUUAUUUUUUAUCUUAUUAUAUUUAUAUAUGUUUUUGAUGCUCUUUUAUAUACAUAUAACUUACAUUUACGAUGUAUUAAUUAGAUGAACACAGUAUUAUAUACAAGUUAAUAAAAUAAUUUUUGCAGCUAUAUAAUUGACAUAUAUACUGCUG